UCUCUCUCCUUCCUGCCGUGGCAAAUGAGCGGCGGGGGCUGCAGUUUUGACAACAUUUGUAGUCUCCAGCAGCAGCGUCGCGAGUGUGCGUGAGUCCAGCGAGCAGGGCUGCCGCCUCUCUGUGUGUGCUGUGUGCUGUGCGUGUGCGUUGUCGGAGGCGGCAUAUCAUCAUCUCUGCUGCUGCAGGCGCUGCCGCUUCUGCUGCGCCGAUAGCGGGAGUAAGCCGUGCACCCACAACAAGCAGCAGUAGCCACAAUCAUCACCAUCAUCAUCAUCGUCAUCAUCCAGUUGUUUCAGUGCGAUUUGUCAUAUAUAAGAGGCGUCCCGUCCCUGUGAGUUCCGAGAAUACAGUAAACAGGCGUGCCCCACGUCCUAUUGAAACGCCGGCUGCUGCUUUAUGUAAUCGCUGCGGGAAGGCUUCUUGACAAGUCGUCUGUCUCUCUGGCUCACCGCGGAACGCGCACUUCAGCGUUGACCAUCACGAGUGAAGGCAGAGGUUGUCACUGAUGCGAAGGCGUGCGCGCGUGUUGAUUGAGUUGCGUCGAGCAACCGCUUGCUCUGCCCUCUGCCUCGUCUCUGCCACGUGCUGUUAACGUCUCAUUGGGUGACAGAGACUGCGAAACUUUGUGAAUGGGUGGCUCGCGUGUGCUCGGUUAGAGACAAGCCGGAGUAGUCACUUAAGUUCAUGUCAAGUGCCGUAUGCGACAGGGGCAGCAGUAGUAGUCGUAGACAUUGGCUGGCUGUAGCUUAUCAGGUACUGUAGGGCAGUCGUGCAUGCUUGGUCUGUGUGUGAUCAUUUGACGAAUUCGCACUGCACGUUAAUUGCAUGAUCACAGGCACCGUCGUUGACGAUUCAUUAUGCGUGCGGGAUUGUUGAAGCUUUCGUCUGCUGAGUAAUAGCCGGGUGUGAUUACCAACUCUUGCGUUUGACUAUGCGUCCGAGGCUCUUGACCUGUGCUUGCUAAGCCGGUCCUGUGUUCAUCAGUCGCCGUGGCUGGCCCUGAGAUCAUGCUAACCAGGACUCGAGCCCAUACGUGCACAUGCUUGUAGUCUACGUAGCUUGGGAUAGGUGUUAACACUUUCUGCCAUUUGUAUCUUUUUGUGUACUCGCUGACCUGUUGGGAUACGCGCAGCUGUUUAGCAUGUGUAGGUGCUAAUUCUGUCUAGCUGCUAAGUCAGUCUAUGUAUUUAAGUGUAAAGUCUGGGAGGACCUGCUAAGUAUAUCGGUUUAAACGCUAAGCCGAUCUCUGUACGGUAGAGGUGCUUUAUCGAUUUAAGUCGGUCCGUAUCUACCUGCGAAGCAACCCAAUAGAUGCUAAAUCGACAAACCUGUAGUUAGUAAGUAACGUGUAGGUGUAGGUGCUAGGCUUCAGGGAGGUGUGGACAGCAUCAGUAGUAGCAGCAGCAUCAUCAGUAGUAGCAGCAGCAGAAUAUUUAGUUGCCACUCAUAGGAGUAGUUUCAUAAUCACCAUCAGUAUAGUAAUAGCAGCAGCAUUCUAAGUGUCAACCCGUAGUAUUAUCAGUAGCAGCAGCAUCUUCAAUUGUCAUUCACAGUAGUAGUAUCAUCAUCAGUAGUAAUAGCAGCAGCAUCUUCAAUUGUCAUUCACAGUAGUAUCAUCAUCAGUAGUAAUAGCAGCAGCAUCAUCAGUGUCAACCUGCAGUAGCAUCAUCAUCAGCAAGUCGCAGCAGCAACAUCUUCAAUUGUCAUUCACAGUAGUAGUAUCAUCAUCAGCAAGUCACAGCAGCAGCAUCUUCAAUUGCCAUUCACAUUAGUUUCAUCAUCAUCUGCAGCAACAGCAGACCCCCCACCCCCCACCACCCCCCCACAGCGUGUGGGAUCCCUGCAGCCAGGGCAGCAGUCGUGGUCGCGGGGGGCUGCGCGUGGAACGAGGGGGACAGGAGGAGGCCUCCACGGGGCACGGGGGGACGAGGACUGUCACCUCCUCGGCAUCGCUGGCCCGGGCUGUUGGGGGCAGCAGCUGCAGGAGGAGGCCGGGCCCCCAUGUUCGCGCAGCCCCGUCCGCUCCCGUGAAGCCGUGUUCUCCUGCCGGCCCGCUCUCCGCAACGGGGACAAAUGCCUACAGAUGUAUUUAGGGGCUCAGAGACAAGGCUCAGGCAUCGCUUCACUCGCAAGAAAGAGGAUCCUCAUCCUGCUGGUGGUGGUGUGUGCCGGUGCCACGAUUGUCCCAAGCUCCGCUCAAGAAACCCAAGAUGUUGACGUCCUGCAGCGGCUGGGCCUCCCGAACGCGCGGAGCUCCUCGCCAGGCUCCCACCACGCCGAGCUGUCGGCUUCGGCCGUGUCCCGCGGCGUCAUCCCGUCGCGCUCGGGCCUCAUCUUCACUCGCGGCGCCCACGUGGAGGCGCCGGCGGACUCCGUGCUGCCCCGCACUGUCGGGGCCAGCCUGGCGCUGGUGGCCAGCGUGCGGUCGCACCGCGUCAACAACGCUUUCCUCUUCGCCGUCAAGAGCCGGCGCAAGAAGCUGCAGCUGGGCCUGCAGUUCAUCCCAGGCAAGGUGAUCAUCUACGUGGGCAAUAAAAAGGCCGUGGACUUCGAGUACGACGUGCACGACGGCCGCUGGCACAACUUCGCCGUGGACAUCGGCGACAGGGAGAUAUCCUUCUUCACAGCCUGCGGGCGAGAGCGCUCCGUCAAGAGGCUGAUCUUCCGCAAGCCGGAGAAGUUCGAGGCGGAUGCCGUGUUCUUCCUGGCGAAGAUGAACCGCAAGGCGGUUCCGUUCGAGGGCAGCAUCUGCCAGCUGGACAUACUCCCGGUGGCGGAGGCGGCCGCCAAUUACUGCAGCUACAUCAGGAAGCAGUGCUGGCACGGCGACGUUUACCGGCAGCGUGCGCCGCAGCCGCCCUCCCCUGACCGAAGCUCUGCGCCCCGGCCGCUGGCAGCUCCUCCCGUCGUCGAUCGCGACUCUUCCUCGUCAGCGGGGGCGAGGUCGUCUCAGGAAGAUCUGGACGAAAACCACACUGAGCAGGUCUCGCCCGUCACCCCUUUGACUCCGCACGUUUUCGCAACGCAGCGCAGCGCCGCCGAGCGGGGCGGCUCCCUCUGGACGGCCCACGUGGACGAGUUGCCGCUCGACUCCAUGGGCACCGCGACCACGGAGAGAAUUCAGACGACGCUGCAUCCUCCGGACGGCGACGCCGCCCCCGGCGUCGCCUUCGGCGAACCCCGGCACACGACCGCCAGCCAGGGGCACGGAACGAGCCGAGGCCCUUCGGAUAACACCACCGAGGAGAACGACAAGCGGAGGAGGAAGGUCGCCGCCAAGAACAAGGAGACCCUCGCCACCAUCAGGCAAAGCAGGAGGAAGACGGAGGGCCUCGCUUCUCGCCGUAAGCCCGACAGGCGGCCCAGGCCCGACCUCCUCGACCAACAGCUGGAGGGUCGACCCAGGGGGCUUGGACGGAAAGGGGGCGAUGGGUCCGAGGGGUACGAGGAGGCCGGCAGGGACAACCUGACGCUGCUGUACGAGUGGGAGGACCUCAUCUCUGGCGGCACGGGGGACGUCGAGGGCUACGUCGAUGUGCAUGAUCCGGAGGGCGUCGUGGAGCUAGAGGUUCUGCCGGAGCUGCGAGGCCCCAGGGGAGACCCCGGCCCUUUGGGUCCUCCAGGUCCCCCUGGAUCUCCUGGCCCCCCUGGGAGAAGAGGCCCACGGGGAAUGCCAGGUCCGCAUGGAAACCCCGGACUCCCUGGAUUUCCUGGUUCCAGGGGGGAAAAGGGCGACCCUGGUUUUUCCCCCCCCAUGCAGCUACCUGGGGAGAAGGGUGACUCUGGCUCAAUCGGUCCACCUGGGUUGCAUGGGCCGCUAGGUUCAAAGGGUUCCAAAGGUUACCAGGGACAGAUGGGACACCCAGGGGAGCCGGGCUCACCGGGGUUGGAGGGCAACCCAGGGGUCAAAGGUUACCCUGGCAGGCAGGGAUUACCUGGUCCCAUUGGGAAACCUGGUCCAAAAGGAAUUCGGGGUUUCAUCGGCCCGGCGGGGAUAGUGGGAGCGCAAGGAGCUGAAGGACCUCGGGGUGUACCUGGCGCACCAGGAAAGAGAGGCACAAUGGGACGACCGGGCUUUCCUGGGGAUUAUGGGGAAAGAGGCCCUCCUGGUCCAGAUGGAAAACCUGGUGAAGUUGGAAUAGAAGGCCCAAAGGGAGUCCUUGGAUUGACCGGCGAUCCAGGCCCUCAAGGGAUCAUUGGACCACCUGGUUUUCUGGGCCCUAAGGGGUUCAUGGGAAGCAUCGGAGAGCCGGGAGUGAAAGGUGAUAAGGGUGAUGAGGGAGCAGCCGGAAUUCCAGGCGAGAUAGGCUUCCUCGGAGACAAGGGCAACCUCGGCUUUCCUGGUCUCCCUGGGCCUAUUGGAAAUCCUGGAAUAGCAGGAAAAACCGGGGAAUCGGGACCGCCUGGUCCCCCCGGGUCUCCUGGACCAGAGGGUUUUCCUGGUGCCAUUGGAUCACCAGGUAUUAAUGGACUUGAUGGGCCAAAGGGCAAGCCAGGAUCCCGAGGCCCACCAGGACCAACGGGCCAGAAGGGACUUGACGGAGAAGAGGGACCUUUGGGGCCACCAGGAAUUCCAGGUCCACCAGGAAAUCCCGGAAGCCAAGGCUUUCCUGGGAAGUCCGGACCGGAUGGACUCAAGGGUGAGACUGGUGACCCCGGAAUUCCUGGCAAAAUUGGAGAUACUGGACUCAUCGGAUUGACUGGCCCGAUUGGAGAAAUGGGAAAAGCUGGAGAUAAAGGGGAACGAGGGGGAGUGGGUCUCCCUGGGCCCCCUGGAGAGAAAGGAGCCAUGGGCUAUCCCGGGCCUCCAGGGGAGCAGGGACCAGUGGGGCCCGAAGGUCCACCGGGAAGGCCCGGGUUGCCAGGCCGCAGAGGACCGCCUGGACCUAAAGGGAAAAGGGGGCCGAGGGGAGAAGAUGGACUUCCUGGAGAGCCGGGGGCAGAGGGUAACAAGGGUCCUGUUGGAGAUGCUGGUGAAGUUGGUAUUGAAGGAUUUAUCGGAAAAUCUGGCGAUCCUGGGGAUAGAGGGCCUCUUGGAUUUCCAGGCUUGCAGGGAACACCUGGUGGAGUGGGAAUCAAGGGACCGAUUGGACCACCCGGACCCCGUGGAGCGAAGGGCGAGAUGGGCACCGUGGGAGAUAUUGGAACACAGGGUUUGCCUGGGCCAACGGGCGAGAGCGGACUGCAAGGAGAGAAAGGUGAAAAGGGUGACAUUGGGCCAUUAGGAGGUGAAGGGGAGCCCGGUCUGGAGGGGCCCAGGGGAUUGCCAGGCCCAGUUGGUGAUGAUGGACCACAAGGAAAAGAUGGAAUCAAAGGAGAGAAGGGAGACCUGGGAUUGAAUGGGGAGGAUGGAGAACGGGGCGACAUUGGGGACAAGGGAAAAGAAGGAGCUAUUGGAGACCCGGGGAUUGUGGGCAUGAGGGGAAUGGAAGGGAAGCUGGGAAAACUCGGCGAAAGAGGAAAACCGGGGAAGAAAGGCGACAAGGGAGCAAUGGGUCACAUCGGAGAACCAGGAAAAGCGGGCCAGUCUGGCAGCAAAGGAAACCAGGGCCCUGUUGGGGCACGAGGAUCAAGAGGUCCUGUGGGCGCCCCCGGUGCAAUGGGAGCCGAAGGAGAGGACGGCCUCCCGGGGUACCCGGGUCACCAAGGACCCAUUGGCCCUUCUGGGCCACCGGGCAUUAAGGGCGAGAAGGGACAGGCAGGCGAGCCCGGAACACAGUUUGGCCCCCCUGGACCAAAAGGCCUCAUGGGCCCAGUCGGGCCUCCCGGAGAGAAGGGAGAACCUGGCGAUGUCGGAUACCCAGGCCAGCGCGGCUUUGACGGAUCACGGGGAGCCAGGGGGGAGCAGGGUCCCAUCGGUGAGCCGGGAGAGCGGGGAUAUCCAGGACCAAAAGGACCAAAAGGGUACGAGGGCACGAAGGGCAAAGCUGGUACACCAGGAACUCAAGGAAAAGCCGGACUUACGGGUCCGGUCGGGCCCCAUGGGCCACGGGGAUUGCCGGGCUGGCCCGGGCCGGAUGGUGAGAGAGGGCUCGAGGGCGCGCCAGGCAAGGACGGGAAACCGGGACCGCCCGGAGAUGCAGGCAGUGUGGGUCAACCUGGAAGAACAGGCCUGGCAGGUGCUCAAGGAAAACUCGGAAAACCUGGGCAACCGGGAGCAGCGGGACUCAUGGGGGCCAAGGGUGAUCGCGGUAUGGAUGGGCAGCCCGGGAUACCUGGGCAGCGAGGAAUUUUGGGCACCGACGGUCCGCAGGGCAACAAAGGGGAGACAGGCGAGAAGGGGCAGCUGGGGGACUACGGUGAAGCAGGAAUUCCUGGCUUUGAAGGUUUUCCUGGGCCCAAGGGCCCCAUUGGAGACAAUGGAUUUUCUGGCUCCGCUGGACCCACAGGCCCUGCUGGCCUAACAGGAAGUCGAGGCAUCGUGGGACCUGAGGGUGCCGUCGGGCCGUCCGGCCGUCCGGGCUUCAAGGGGAUAAAGGGACAAGCAGGAGAGACGGGUCUUCAAGGGCCAAGGGGACCAAAGGGACCGACAGGCCAGGCUGGACCUCCUGGUCCUCCGGCUCUACCGAGCUCUUUGAGACAACACGACUUUGGUGCAGCUCUCCAAGCCUUCAUCGAGUCCAAUACAGCACUUAACAUAGAGACCUAUCAGGACUCCACCCUCCCGGCGAUGGAGCAGGGGGUGGAGAUACUCAAGACUCUGCACUACCUCAGCACGCUCAUCCAGGGCAUCAAGAACCCCAUGGGCUCGCGCGAGAACCCCGCCCGCAUCUGCCGCGAUCUCCUUAACUGCGAGCAGAAGGUGGCUGACGGUAAUUACUGGAUUGACCCAAAUCUCGGCUGCUCCUCGGACAGCAUUGACGUUUUCUGCAACUUUACUGUUGGUGGCCAGACAUGCCUCAAGCCACUGGCCAUGAGCAAGCUGGACUUCGGAGUGGGCAAGAUACAGAUGAACUUCCUGCACCUGCUGAGCUCGGAGGCCGUGCAGCCGGUGACGGUGCACUGCCGCGGCGGGCCAGCCUGGGAGGACCCCUCCUCACCGCACCCUCACCGCCACGCCGCACGCUUCCGCGCGUGGAGCGGCCGCCUCUAUGAGCCGGGAGGCCUCCUGGAGCCGCGUGUACUCCACGACGGCUGCCGGAUGGACGAUGGGAAGUGGCACAAGACCGAGUUUCUGUUUACCACUCAGGAUGUCAACCACUUGCCAAUUGUAGACGUCCAUUUUACUCACCAGAAGCCCGACUCCCAGUACCAUCUUGAAGUGGGACCCGUCUGCUUCCUUUGAAGAUACUUAUGCAAAUUCUUAUUAUAUUUUUUAUUAGCAAGUAUGAAAUGAAGGAUUACAUGGUUUUACAAAAGGACUAGCAUUUUGAAAGAUUAAAUCCAACUUUUUAUUCUAUUUUUAUAUAAGAAUAUGUGGAAUUCACACCCACCACAGUAGCACGCAAUUUGCCAAAAAUUACGCAGAAAAGUUUCUCUCUACCGACUGUUACGCGUUCAUAUCUUGGCGUUGACCGCAGCUGUGAGAGAGGAGCUGCUGAAAUAUGCAAGAAACGAGGCUUGGGGUUGGUCGCGAAAAAGGAUUCUUUUUUUUUUACGGGCCGAUUCGCGCUCAUUCGACUCAUCCUCGCUGCAAUCGUGAAGGCGUUUGUAAAUAAUUAUUUAAUAGUACGCUCGGCCACAGCGGCACUUGUGGAUGCAAGCUGUUGGAUCGAGAGUCUGAUCGUUUCCAGAUGUGCAAUAACUGACGAUACUAAAUAACGUGAUUUGGUGCUGUGCUCCAACACAUAUUGCAAACAUAUCUGGGAAUGCUAAAGUGUUAAUACCUUCGGUGCUCACAAAACACAGCAGUUUGAUGUCUGUUGCUACAUUUAAUUACGCUUUUGUGCACAGUGACAUUUUUUUAUUAUGUAUUUUACAAAAAAACCAUUGUGAUAAUUCAAAUUGGUGCUGGUGUGUUUUUUGUGUUUAAGUUUACUACCUCAUAUAAAUGACAAAACUUAUUCGUUUUUAACUUCAAAAUAAUUUUAAAAAAUAAAACAAAGGAACAAAAAAAUACACAAAAAUUCACCCCAUCCUCCAAAACCCUUACGGCCAAAUCACACAGUUUCUCACCAUCGCGACUCGGCUUCGUUGCUGGUAAGUUGCUGCUGAUUGGUUUGUGGCACCCUGGAGUAGUGGGACAGGCAUCGUAGUUGUCACUUUAGGGUGGGAUCCGAGUUGUAGGGUGUUAAAAAAAAAAGCCGCAAUAUGCUCACUUUCAAGCCAUGCACACAGGGCGCUUUGUUUGUACAUGGCGAGUUUCCUGCCCACGGAAAGAUGUGGAGAUGUUCACAAUUCCAAGCACGGGGGGCCUACACCUUACACAUUGCUGGUCUUUCACUUUGUCUUGUGUACGCUUUUCAUUUGCUCAGUUUGAAAUGUCUCGUACACAACUAGUCAGAUGAUUAGGUAGGCCUUCAUGUCGACAAGCUUCGUAAAAAAGACAACUCUUAAGGACCGUAUACAUGAAUGGAAAACUUUAAAAUCACAGCACCUCUGUGCAAUGUGAUGUCACUAUGUUGAGAACUGCUCUGGUUCUUUCGGUAAAGUCACGUAGAAGGGAAAUAAUAAAAUAAUAAUAAACAUUAUAAACAUUUUAGAAAUGCAGAACAGUACCAUAUUUCAAACUUUCUUUUUUUUUCUCAUGACCUGUAAAAUUCAUACUUUUCAAAAUCAAUUGACUCCACGCAGGGGAGCGUCUCAAUGCAGAAGCGGAGCUUCCAUUGUGAGUGGUUAAGACGUCGAGGAUGGCAUCAGACAUAUCUGUAGACCCCACUUAGUGCAAUCGUGAUGAUGAGUUAUUGACACAAGAGCCUGCGACAAAGAUAUCCUUAUUCUACUCUUAACGUAUCUCAUUAGCCUAAACUAUCCUUUGCUUGAGGUUGUCAAGAACUGCAGAGUGCAUAGGCUACCGUUUGCGAAUCGCCACGGCAGGUGUACUUUUAAAUCUAGAUUGAAAACUAAUUUCUUUAAAACACCCUAAUUAGCACAGUUGGCUACAUAAGUUCAAUAUGCAUACAGGUGUAUUACGCAGCAUAUGCACGUCCAUAUAAUUGAUUUAAAUUCCCUACGUGUUUAAAUUCACUCGAAGGCCUACUUAAAAAAAUACAUAUUGUCAGCCACAUAUUGGACUUGUGAUCACAAUGUUUGACAGUUUUAAUUGUACCAUUUGUAAAACUUAAAUCGUGAAAUAUAAUUAUAUGAACUUCAGCAGAGCUGUAGUGUUAAGUAUAAUGUCAAUUCCAUGCUACGUCUUGUUUAUAAAAAGCAUUCGAAGUAGGCAAGUGUUCAAUAUUGUGUAGAAAAACUAACUUUAUCACAUAUAUAUUGUACAUACAUUUUUAUUGACAGAUUACGUUGUACAAAAUAGAAUUUUUUUCCAGGAAAUUAUUUAAUAUUAUUUAAAGUCGCCAUUUCAUGUCAAGCAAACUGGCUCGAAAUGUCAAAACCUGUACAUUUUGCCUGUUUUUACAAAAUUGUUUUUUUUAUAUCCAACACCAACAUUUGUACGUUGUGUGUAAAUGUUUUGACUUGAAAAAAAAGUUUAUUAAAAAAAAAAUCUUAGUUAUGAUGCUAUUAAAGUGGAAUGUGUGUGGAUGCGCAAGUACAAGGUACAACAGGUAAUUUUUUAUAUAUAUAAAGUUUGUUAUUUUAAGUCAUUCACUUUUUUGGUACUGUUUUAUUUUGCUAAAUGACCCAUCAACACAGCAUAUACCUCGAUCUAUUUUCAUAAUCUCUCCUUGCUGUUGUUUCACUGCCACGUGGGAGUUUUUUUUAAGUAAACUC